AUGCAAGAAGAAGAAGAGAAAUUUCAAGUCAAUUCACUGGAGCACAUAUCUGUCACACAAGAUCGGCUAAAUGAAAUAAGAGACGCAACUGCAGCCGAUGUCCAGAUGCGUCUACUGCGCGAGUAUGCACAGACGUCAUGGCCCGAGCAGAAAGAGCAAGUUCCUCAGCUCGGAAGGCCAUUCUGGUCCUACAGAGAGGAGAUCCACGAGGAAGACGGCCUUGUGCUGCGGUCAAACAAGAUAAUAAUUCCAACGGCCAUCAGAUCCAAGAUUCUCAACUUGCUCCACACGGCACACGCGGGCAAAGACAAAAUGAAGAGAAGAGCCCGAGAAAUUUUGUUCUGGCCCGGAAUCAACGCUGACAUUGACCGCGAACAUGACAAAUGCAGCAAAUGCGAGAAGUACAAAUCAAGAAACACCAAGAUGCCACUCCUCAGCCACGCACUGCCAACGCUUCCUUGGCAGUUGGUCGGGACCGAUUUCUUCACUCAUGAAGGAAAAGACUACAUAAUCCUGGUGGAUUUUUACUCAUUUUAUUUUGAGGUAGAAGAAAUGAAAAGUACCACAGCUUCCAAAGUCAAAGAGUUCUGCCUUAAAGUAUUCGCAACACAUGGACUGCCGUUGAAACUUAUAAGCGACAAUGGCCCACCAUUUGGCAGCCAGGAGUUCAAGCAGUUCUUGGAAAACCUGAAGAUAGAACAAGUUACAUCAAGCCCUUACCACGCUCGAUCAAAUGGCAUGGCUGAACGAGCCGUGAGACAGGCCAAACAACUCUUGCGAAAGAGUGCCAACACUGAAGAGUUUUACCGCUCCCUCCUUGAGUGGCGCAACACUCCACGAGACGAUGUCCUCCAAUCGCCAGUACAGAGACUGAUGAGCCGACACACAAGAACACUGUUACCUGCGCGAUCGGAACAUUACCUGCCGACUGUUGUGCCACCCAAGGCUGUCACACGUCGUCUCACAGAAAUAAGGCGGCAACAAAAGGCGAACUACGAUAGAAGCUCAAGAACACUGCCAGACAUUGACACGGGUUCUACAGUCACCGUCUACAACACCCUGCGGCGCACAUGGUCACCUGCCAUAGUCGUGGGACAUUCAGUGCCGAGGGACGAGGGAACAAUGGACGAGGACGGCAGGCUGACAUUUGUGGGCCGCAUGAAAGGGGUGAUCAACUUUAUGGGUUUAAAAGUGCCGCCACUAGAGAUCGAGAAUAUCCUCAACUCGCACCCCGACAUGGAGGAGGCGCAGGCUGUACUAAGUUCAUGCAAGAGUCGCGGUUACCUUCUGAACUUUAGGGCGAUGAUGUUCAGACUUUUGAAAAGGUGGACAUGGUAG